GUGGAGCUGCUCCGGUACAGGUGGCAGGGCUGAGCCUGGGCCCUUGCGGAGCCCUGCUCCAAGCCCAAAGCCACCAGCUUUCAGCUGGGCAGAGAAUUCACCUCCCUAAAAACCAAGCUAUUGCCCCCACGCCGCCUGCCAGCGCUACCGCCGAACAAGGCUGGCCAUGGCGAGCAUGGACUGUGCGGGGAAGGAAGGCGUGGGGAGCAGGAGGAGGAAUUUGACCCUACUGAGGAACAAGCUGUACAUGGGGGAGAGGAGGAGGACGGAACCUGUGGUGGAGAGCACCGCCACCGCCGGGGACCAUGGCACCUUGAGGAGGAGUCAGUCCGACAGGACAGAGUACAGCCAGAAAUUACAAGAAAAAAUGGCCCCGCAGACAGGGUCUUCAACUCCUGCCACUCUGCCGGAGGACAAAGAAGAAGUUACCAGACGCAUGAUGGCCAAGAGGGCGAAAAUCAUCACAGAACUCAUGCAGACAGAGAAAGACUAUAUCAGCGACCUGGAUCUCUGCAUCAAGGAAGUGAUUCAGCCCCUGAGAAACAAGCAGAUUGCUCGCUUUGACGUGGAUGGCUUGUUUAGCAACAUUGAAUUGGUCCAUCAAGUAUCAGCCAAACUGCUGUCAUUGUUGGAAGAAGCCACGACAGAUGUGGAACCACCCAUGCAAAUAAUCGGGGAAGUGUUCUUGCAGAUUAAAGGCCCACUAGAAGACACGUAUAAAAUCUACUGCUAUCGCCAUGAUGAUGCACACACCAUACUGGAAUCCUAUGAAAAGGAUGAAGAACUGAAGCAGCAUUUAAGACACUGUGUACAGUCCUUAAAAAAGAUAUAUGAGGAAGAAGGAAAGCCAAAUCUAAUGGACAUGGGAUCCCUGAUGAUCAAACCAGUGCAACGGGUGAUGAAAUAUCCCUUGCUACUCUGUGAACUCUUGAAUUCAACUCCUGCUUCUCACCCUGACCACAAGGUGCUACAAGACGCCCUUUUUGCUAUGAAAAACAUUAACGUGAACAUCAAUGAACUUAAAAGGAGGAAAGAUUUAGUGCUGAAGUAUAAGAGGAAUGAUGAUGAUGAGUCCCUUAAAGAAAAGUUUUCCCGACUGAACAUCCACUCCAUUAGCAAGAAAUCCAAGAGGGUCACCAGCCAUCUGAAAAUACUGACAGGGGGAGAACCUCAGGUGAAAGAUCAAACUUUUAAUAAGGAAGAGAAGUUGUUUCGAAGUUUAGAGAAGACCGUGAAAUUGUGCGUGAAGAACAUUUCAUUCUCCUCGCAACAUCUACGGGAUUCUAUACAUCUGGCUGCACAGAAUAUAAUUGGGCUUCAGGAAAUCUUGCAAGACAAAGACAACGAAGUCAACGACUGUCCAGAAAAACAGAACAGCACUACAAAUCUCUGUGAAGACCUUAUGGCUCAGCUGGACAAGCUUGUUUUGUCUCCUCUCUCAGCGCUACAAGCCUUGUUUUCAGGCCCACAGAAGCUCAUCCAGAAGCGCUAUGACAAGUUGUUGGACUACAACAGCUACCUUCAGAGGUCAACAGGAGAAGAGCUGGAGCUGGCAAAGAAAGACUACGAGGCUCUAAAUGCGCAGCUAGUGGAAGAACUUCAGGUAUUCAACAGAGCAGCCAAAAAGAUCGUGUUGAACUGCCUGCAUUGCUUUAUCACCCUCCUCAGGAAUAUUAUGUCUGCAGCACUUCAGUCAAAUUCUGCUGUGGUGGUGCCCGUUCCGCUGUCUUCCUCAAGCAUCUGCGAAGUGCAGAAUCAGUUGAUGGAGGAGGUUCACAAGCUGAAUUUUGUAAAAGAAAACAGCGGUGCAACCUUUAUUGAGAGAAAAUGGAGCUUGGAAAAAAAGAAACCCAUCCCUUCUCCACUCGAAUCCCCACGUCAAACAGAAGGCCACAGGUCCAAGCUGUUGACGACGUACAGAACAGAACUGCUGUACCAAGCCAAGCGCAAGUGCAACGCCACGCAGGAAUUGGAUAUUGAUUUACAUGAAGGAGAACUGGUGGCUGUGGUGGAGCAAAAGGACCCCUUCGGAAGUACGAGCAGAUGGCUUGUUGACACAGGAAUCCUUAAAGGGUAUGUGUAUUCCUCCUUCCUGAGGCCUUACAAUCCAGCCAAAGUGCAAAAGGAUGCAGCAGAAAACAGCUUCGGUGAUGAUGAUUUUGAUAACAUCAGCCUCUUUGUCUCUUCACGGCCCUCUGCUGACGGCAGCACAAGAAAUUCGGGGCACAAGAAGAGUGACAGCAGCUCUUCUCUUCAGUUCUGUGAAAAUCCCACAAUUAACGGCACAGGCACCAAUGCUUUUCAGGAUAUGGAUGAUCAGCAUACCUUCUAUGCCGUUUACGCAUUUCAAGCAAGAAAUGAUCAAGAACUCAGUCUUGAGGAGUAUCAGAAGGUUAGGAUACUUCGGUUUUCUGACCUGAGUGGCAAUAAAGAAUGGUGGCUAGCAGAAGCAAAAGGUCAGAAAGGAUAUGUACCAUCUAAUUAUCUCGGGAAGAUGACAUACGCUUAAGAAGAGAAAGGCCCAUUGAGCCAGUUUCUCUGCAGUAAACAGAAUAAUCAUCUAUUACAGUUUGCAGCAAGCAAGGCAAACUCACAAGUGAUUGACAGAAGCCAUGGUAUCUGGUACAGCACACUGAUGAUAUUGAGAACUUCCAUCCUCUAAAAGCCAUCACCUUGUCAAGACCUGAGGGAAGAAACAUUUAACAGGAAGACUGAUUCUGAUUAACAUCCUGAAGAGCUUGCUUUCUAUUACCCCAUAAUUUUCUCUUUUGUCAAAGCAUCCUAUGUCAAAAGUCAACCUACAACUAUAAAUCACAGCUAAAAUUAUGUUUUUCUUCCAUGAUAUUUAGCAAAUAAUAUUCAAGAUGAAGAGAAUUAGCCUUGAAAAAGGACAAAUUCAGUCUUCAGGGAUGGUGUAGUUCAGGCUGAAUUGUUCCUGAACCGCCAUCUCAAUGAACAUAGACACAUCUUAAAACUUGAGCUUUUUGCUGUCUGUUUUUACCCUCAGCCAUUUUUAUAAUGAACUUUUUCUCAGUGGAGAUUAUUGGAGCGGGAAAAGAAAAAGGCUUUCAUUUUUGUAAGAAACGUUUCAAAUUAAAACAUACCAAAUGGGGUGGUACCAGCAGCUGGUCCCAGGAAAGAAGGAAUGUUUAGUUAAAUAUGGAAAUGGGGGAAGGAAAAGAGAGGGCACAAGAAACAGGUGCUGUGAAAUAAAGUAGUUAUAAUUUUCAAAAGAAUUACACAACUACUUCAUUUGGUAGGAAACUGUUGCAAUAUGAAAGUGCUCCAGGUUUGACGUUCCACGUGUGUCUCCACACUAACUACUUUGUUGUGCAAGAUCUGUGUAGUGAAAUGAAACCUGUGUUAUUAGACUUCAUAAUUCUCAAAGUGUCUGAUCUUAGAUUGAACUGUGAAGAAUGUAUCGAGGAGCUGAUUAACUGUUUGCAGAAUUCAGACUCAAAGGCUGGUAUUUUGCUAAAUUAUCUUCAAAAUGGUCAAAGCUAUUAUAACAAGUUAAUAUAGUUCAACAUUGCAUCCUCAAUAAGCAUAGAAAACAAAAAAUCCCAAGAAAGGAUCUAAUGUCAAGUAGUACUUCUUUAGGUUCACUGACUACAGCAAUCCUUAGGUCAGGCUGGUGCCCUACACUGGAACUAGACUGAAUAGUGAUAGAGCAUUAUCUUGUUGCUAUUACCAUUAAUCCACAGAAUGAUAUGGGGUUGGAAGGGACCUCUGGAGAUCAUCUAGUCCAACCCCCCCGCCAGAGCAGGUCCAAUCCAG